AUGCCUACAUUUGGCAGACGUCCUAGUGUGACAAACACCCAGCUCUACAACACUUCAUCAUACAAGUACGCAAUCUUUGAUCUGGACAAAACCAGCAAGGAGGUCUACUCGCCAGCCAACACAAACAACGACGACUUUGCCUCAUUGAGAUCAUUCCUCCCUGUAUACAACUGUUGCUACGCCGUCUACAAACUGACCUUUGUCAAAAAUAUGCGGUCAACGAGCGUUGUUAUUUUUUACACCUGGCUGCCUGCUGAGGCUGCGGAGGCCGAGAAGCAGCGGUAUUUGGCAAACUCUAACGAGGUUGCUCAGCAGCUGAGCCACUAUGACUUUAAGUUCGAGUGCACAGAGUGGCGGGAAUUCCAGCAUUUCAUUGCUGUUUCAAAGGUCAACCGGUAUAUGAAAGCCAUUUACAAGUGA